CCUAUCAGCUGUUCGCGCGACUGAUAUUUGAAACUCAAGAAAUGCGCCGUAGCCUGGCGCCCAGCCAACGGGGUCCUCAGCGUCCCGAGUCGCGACACUAUUUCACUCCGCCGCUGCUGAAGAAGAACAAACGAGCCUGCCAGCAGGAUUUGGAGCGGGAGCAGGAGCUUGACAGGAGACGCCACAGUGACCUGCGAGAUGGCGGUAACACAGAAGACCUUCCCCUGCCCAUUCGCAUUGCAAACAGCGAGUAUGAGCGGGCCAUUGCCAAGGUGCUGGCCCGAAAGUUCAAGGUGCCCAUCGAUAACUACGUUCCGGAUUACGGUGGAAACCGCUGCCUAGGAGUAAAACGCUGCAUUUCCCGGCGACCCCUCCACGAUCCGUUGGCCUGCAACGCCCUGGUUCUAUAUAAUCCGCCCGCCUACUCGGAGCACGAGCGCAUGGCCAUGGAUCCCAGCCAGGUCCUAGUGCACGUCGUAGUAGAUCCGCUGCUUUGCAACAUUCUGCGGCCGCAUCAGAGGGAGGGGGUGCGCUUUAUGUACGAGUGUGUCGAGGGAAAACGGGGCAACUUCAACGGUUGCAUUAUGGCCGAUGAAAUGGGUCUAGGAAAGACGCUACAGUGCGUCACCCUAGUGUGGACACUUCUAAGGCAAGGUCCCGAAAGCAAGCCGACUAUUAACAAGGUCAUAGUCGUUUCGCCGUCCUCGCUGGUGAAGAACUGGGAAAAGGAGUUCACCAAGUGGCUGCAAGGCCGGCUUCUUUGCCUGCCCAUGGAGGGUGGCAACAAGGAGAACACCAUCCGGGCCCUCGAGCAAUUCUCCAUGACUUCGUCGCGGCUUGGAACCCCUGUUCUGCUCAUUAGCUACGAGACAUUCCGCAUCUAUGCUGACAUUCUGUGCAAGUACGAGGUGGGAAUGGUUAUAUGCGACGAGGGACAUCGGCUGAAGAACAGUGACAACCUCACAUACCAGGCACUUAUGGGCCUAAAGUCCAAACGUCGGGUCCUGCUCUCCGGAACGCCUAUCCAAAACGACCUCACGGAGUACUUCAGUCUGGUGAACUUUGUGAACCCAGAGAUGCUGGGCACGGCUGCUGUUUUUAAGCGAAACUUCGAAAGCAGUAUUCUCCGAGGCCAGAAUGCAGACUCCACGGAAGGGGAGCGAAAACGAGCCAUGGAGAAAACGCAGGAGUUGGUAGGGCUGGUCGAUCAAUGCAUCAUCCGUCGCACCAAUCAGAUUCUUACAAAAUACCUGCCCGUAAAGUUUGAGAUGGUCAUCUGCGCAAAGCUUACGCCUAUUCAGCUUGAGCUCUAUAUGAAUUUCUUGAAAUCGGAUCAAGUACGCCGCAGUCUGGCGGACUGUAAUGAGAAAGCCUCGUUAACGGCCCUAGCGGACAUCACAACCCUGAAAAAAAUUUGUAGUCAUCCAGAUCUUAUUUAUGAUAAGAUUACUGCACGGGAAAAGGGAUUUGAGAAUUCGCAAAACGUCCUGCCGAGUAACUACAAACCGAAGGAUCUCAAUCCUGAGCUGAGUGGCAAGUUCAUGCUGCUGGACUUUAUGCUAGCCGCCAUACGGGCAGAUGGAAAUGACAAGGUGGUCCUCAUUUCCAACUACACACAGACCCUGGAUUUAUUUGAGCAACUUGCGAGAAAGCGAAAGUACGGAUUUGUCCGACUUGAUGGCACCAUGUCCAUCAAGAAGCGAUCGAAGGUUGUUGACCGGUUCAAUGACCCACAGUCGGAUACCUUCCUAUUCAUGCUGAGCAGCAAGGCUGGCGGGUGCGGCUUAAAUUUGAUUGGAGCCAAUCGCCUGUUCAUGUUUGAUCCUGAUUGGAAUCCGGCUAACGAUGAGCAGGCAAUGGCCAGAGUGUGGCGCGAUGGUCAGAAGAAGCCCUGCUACAUUUAUCGCUUGGUAGCGAGCGGAUCGAUUGAGGAAAAGAUCCUCCAGCGGCAGACGCACAAAAAGUCCUUGUCGAGCACAAUUAUUGACAAUAACGAAUCGGCCGAAAAGCAUUUUACCCGCGAAGACCUUAAGGACUUGUUUAGAUUUGAUGCAAACAUUCUGUCUGAUACGCACGACAAGCUUAAAUGCAAACGCUGCGUACAAAAUAUUCAAACAAAGCCUCCGCCCGAUGACACUGACUGCACAUCGCAUUUGUCUCAGUGGUUCCAUUGCUCUAACAAUCGUGGUCUGCCCGACAGUAUCCUUGCCCAGGCUUGGACGGAUAGCAAGUGCGUCUCCUUUGUCUUUCACCACCGGUCGCAGGCUCAAGAGAUUGUGGCAAAGCCAGAGGAGGAACCAUUAGAGGAAAAAACAAUUAGCCGCAAGCGUCCAUCUACGCCCCUUAGUGAUGACAGUGCUGACGAGGACUUUAUUGGAUUCUAAACAUUGUUUGCCGAAUAUUGUUUAUUCUUGCACUUGUUUGCAUUGUUUAUUAAUUUGCCCAAUGUUUGUUUACUUAAGUCUAAACUUAAGACAGUUUAUCUGGCUUCCGUCGCAAUCUUAACAAUUAAAUAGUUUAACAUUUCAAAAAUGGAACCAGCACAAAAUGUAAACGUGCUAGGGAUGAAAGCUCUUUUGAACAAAUCUGGCAAAUUAGGAAUCAGUCCAGAAAAUGGGAUUAUUCUUUUGUGAAAUACUGAUUAAUUUCAAUAAUAUUAAGUGGCCACCAAUUACAUAUUAGUCAAGUCGUAGUUUUUAAUAGCUUAGUACAAAUAAACUUCGCGCCGAUAGGAGUUUGGAAAAA